AGAGCCACUCAGCUCUUCAGCCGUGAUCAUUGUGUCUAUUGUUCUCCGAACAGUAAACCACUAUUUCACACCGAGAUUGUUGGCUGCAGUUGUAGUCUAAGUCCUGGCUCCUCAUGAAUAUGAAGUGAAGGUGUCUGACCCAGAAAGUGGCAGGUUCCAAGCAGGGCAAAAUGGGGUCUUGGAAGUGUGGAGGCUGCCUCAGCUGUCUGCUGAUUCCUCUUGCACUUUGGAGUAUCAUUGUGAAUAUAUUAUUGUACUUUCCAAAUGGGCAAGCUUUCUAUGCAUCCAGCAAUAAGCUCACCAACUACGUGUGGUAUUUUGAAGGACUCUGUUUCUCAGGAGUGAUGAUGCUUAUCGUAGCUGCUGUUCUCCUUGUAUUGGACACUGAUAACCGCUAUAAAUGUUGCCAGAGUGAAAACUGCAGUAAAAAGUACAUGACACUGCUGUCAGUUAUCUUUUCUGCCCUUGGAAUCACUUUCUCUGGAUACUGCCUGGUCAUAUCUGCUUUGGGUCUUGUGCAGGGCCCAUACUGCCGCACCCAGGAUGGCUGGCACUAUGCGUUUGAAAGCACUGCAGGACGUUUCCUUACAAACACUAGCAUAUGGAACUGGUGUCUGGAACCUGCACACGUCGUUGAAUGGAAUGUCAUUUUGUUUUCCAUUCUCAUAACACUCAGCGGGCUUCAAGUGAUUGUCUGCCUCAUCAGAGUAGUCAUUCAGUUAUCAAAGAUACUGUGUGGAACCUACUCAGUCAUCAUCCAGCCUGGAAUCAUCUGAAUAAGGAUAAGCAUGUUUCCGUUAUCAAGAUACGAGCAUCUGUCUAAGUCUUAUAUCCACUGUGUAUACUUGAGGACAAUUUUCAAAUGACAGUGUUUUUUACAUUUAGUAUACAUUGUGUCAAUUUUUGAAAUGUACGAUUCUCACUGGAAGUUCCAACUGUGCCUCCUUUUUAUUUAGAAUUUUUUUCAAAGUUAUACGUGCCAAAAACUUCAGAAACACUCACACUCUUUGAUCAAACAAAGCCAUCUGGAGAAUCUGUAAUACAGAAACAAGAACGGGAGAUAAAGCUUCAUGUAAAUCUGUGUAAUGGCAACAUUGAUUCAUAUACUGGAACGUUAUAAAUAGCCAAAGCCUAACUUGAGGGGAAGGAGUAGAGUGGUACAUUAUGAAAUUAUAUGGUCAUUACAGAUGAUAUUUUAGAAAUGAACAAUGUUACAUAGAAAGGCAAGUUACAAAGCUGGGUAUGGAGUGCAGCACUUGGGAGACUGAGGCAGGAAGAGCAGUAGGAAUUAAGACCAGCCUGGGCUAUACAGGAAGUUCAAGGCCAGUCUGAGCUACAUAGUUCCUGUUUUCAAAAACAGAAGAAACAAAAAACAACCAAAUAAAUGUGGAUUAUGAAUUUAUAUUUUUAAGUAUAAGCAUAUAUAGUUAAACUGUUUGUUUGCUAUAUUAUAUAAUUAAAUUUUGAGAUAGAAACUAAAUAAAUCUAGAAGGAAAUUCACCAAAA